GAUUAGAACUUUGAACACAAAAAGGUAGAAUUUAUUUAGAAUUAUGGGUAAAAGAAAGAAAACAAGAAUGAAAGUUGAUGCUUCAAGAGACAAUGAAGAAGAAUCAAAUCAGCAUAGUGAACAAAAAUUCACUAUUGAUGAUCUUAUUCAAAAGGUGGAGGAAUACAUAGAAAACUUUAAUUUUGAGAUGGCGGAAAAAUUUUGCGUACGAAUUCUCGAAACAUCUCCGAACAAUGUUCGUGCAUUAAACAUGGUUGCUGCAGCUUGUUUGGAAAUUGGUAAAACAGACGAAGCCAUUUGCUACUUGAAGCGUGCUGUAGAAAUUGAACCUGACAAAGGUUUCAGCAAAUACAUGACGCUUGGUGAACUUCUUGAAGGACAGCAUGCUGUUGAAUACUUAAAGAAAGGUGUUGAAUUAAUGAUAAAUGAAAAGAAAUGUUUUGAAAAGGAAGAUACUGACAAUCCUUGUGAAAAUAGCGACAUUGAAAAAAUAACAGAUCGAGAUAUUUCAAACGCAUUCUGUUCGUUAGCUGAGAUAUAUCUCACUGAUUUUUGUUUGGCUGAGGAUGCAGAAGCGUCCUGUAAAUCAUACUGCAAUGAAGCAAUACAACAUGAUCAAAAUAAUCCCGAUGCCUAUCAAGUUAUGGCUAAUUGUUUACUUAGCGAGCAGAAAAACGAGGAAGCCAGAGAGGCUUUGUUAAAGGGAUGAAUCUGUGGCGUGGUAUUGACGAUCCAGUUUUGAAGUCAUCACGGAUUCCGUCGUACGAUUCGAGAAUAUCGCUCUCAAAGAUGCUGAUUGAAAUAAAUGAAUUUGAUACUGCUGCUGAUGUGCUUGGGGAACUUCUUUCUGAAGAUGAUGAAGUUGUUCAGGUUUGGUAUUUACUUGGCUGGAAUGAAUAUCUCAAGGAGCAGGAUUACAAUUCUGUUGUUUACUACUUAGAAAUGGCACAGAAGCUUUUCAGUCAAUCUGAAUGUGAUGAUGAACCAUUGCUAGAGCAUAUUAAUGAACUGUUACUGGAGGUGAAGGAGAAAUUAAACGACCACAAAGAUUUCUUUUCAAAUAAUGACGCUGGUGAAAACAGUGAGGAUGAUAACAA